AUGGCCUCUGUGAAAGCAUGUGCUCCAUACUUCUAUAUGAUUGUGUCCCAGUUCGUGUAUGUUGGAUCCAGCAUCCUCGGCAAGCUUGCAUUAGGACAAGGACUAAGUGUGCUUGUCUUCGUAGUGUACAGGCACCUUAUUGCCAUGCUCAUCUUGGCUCCUCUUGCUUAUGUGCUCGAAAGGUUCAAGGAGCAUCAAAAUGUAUACUACGUUGGACUCCAUCUCAUUUCUCCAACUGUUGCCAGUGCCUUGGGCAAUGUCAUUCCUGCUUUUACUUUCUUAUUGGCAAUUGUACUAAGGAUGGAAAAGCUCAACUUGAAGAUUGUAAGAGGGAGGGCCAGGCUUGCAAGGACCAUCUUCUGCAUCACUGGUGCCCUGAUCUUCACAUUUUGGAAAGGUCAUUUGUUGGGGGCCUUUGUUACUUCACCUAUGAUCCAACUUCAUUUCGAAACUCCUGAGAAAGGCAAUGCCUGUCUUAAAGGCUCUGCUCUUAUGUUAUUCGGCUAUUUUGCAUGCAGUGUAUCGCUUGUUCUUCAGGCAUCCAUCUGUGAGAUCUACCCAGCCAAACUCACCAUGAACGCCGUGAUGUGCUUCUUCGUAGCACUGCAAUCUUCUGCACUUUCCCUCAUCUUUAAAAGGAAUGCCUCGUCAUGGAGAAUGUUUCCGCUAUUUACUCAUGUUAUUUUGUGCAUUGUAUUUGUUUGGGUACUUAAUGGUCUUCUGAGCAGAGAUAACCAGAAGGAAGCACUUUCUAUUCCAAUUGGCAUCAUUCCUGCUGUUUAG